AUGACCGAGGCUGUACUUUCAACCCAAGGGGAUAGCUCUGAGAGCAGUUCCUCAAGUAUGAGCGAGGGGAACAGUGAAGAAGGAAGUGAUGCGCUGAAGACAGAAUGGCUGUGUACGCGAGGAGAUGCGGAGAUGCGAGAAUGCGCGGAGAUGCGAGUAUAUAACAGAGUCCGUAAGAAACCGGAACCGUAUAAGCAGGCGCAUAUGUACGCGAAGUCGGAGGGAGAUAAUAUUGAGGACGGACGGAUGCAGACAGGACAUGGACGGAUAGUGCGUUGCGAUGCGAUGAGUGCAUGGAUUCCGCAACCUCGUGUGAUGGUCCGCAACGGCCUGUGGAAGGUUCCCGCGCCCUCCAAGAGGUUAACCGAUGCUUCUAAUUCCGCAACACCUGAGCUGAGUGCUCACCUUGAAGCCAUUGCCCUCAAGCGAGCUGAGGAUGCCAAACGAUUGGCAGAGGAUACCACCACAGCACCAGAUACUUCGAGUUCCCACUUUGUCACUCCUGCCAAGAGAUCUCAGAAUACUGACUCUUCCAGUAGUGGGGAUGAUACAGAUUGUUCAGCCGCUCCAAAACCACCAAAAAAAAAGUCGCAUAGCAGUCAAUCUGUGAUCAUCAGUUCCGACUCAGAAGAGAGCCGUGCUGCACCUGCCACGGCGAAGAAAAAUAAAGCUCCAGAUCCUGUCAACGAUGAUGGAUUUCUUGCAGAUAUCAACAUUGUGAGCCUCUCUCAUGACGAGAUCAAGCAAAAGCCUGAGAAGAAAGGACCUGUCAACGUGCCGUCGACACCUUGA